GGAAAUUAAGAAAUUGCAGUAUUGGAUAACAGCUACAGAUUCCAGAUUAGCAUUAGCGUAUCUCAUUCUAUCCUUCUCCGCCAGAAAUUGUGUCGUGCUGUUUAUAAUUCUGGUCAUGUGGAAAGAUCAAUAAUGGCUGAUUGGUCCAAACUUCCAUAUGAUAUCAUCCACAAGGUGGCUGGACGUUUAUCAGUGAUUCAAGAUUUCCUUGCAUUUUCUGCUGUUUGUUGCUCGUGGCGAUCGGUUUAUUUGGCUAAGGAAUGGAAUCCAGGUCCUCAGGUUCCGGUAUUAAUGUUCUCAUACACUGAAAACAGUAGCAUAAUAAGUUUCUUAAGCUUGUAUACAAAUAAGGUUUCUAACUCGGAGCUGCCUGAGGCUUGUGGUAGGCGGUGCUGGGGUUCUUCUUCAGGGUGGCUUGUAACUACAGGAAAUGAUCUUGAAAUCCAGCUUCUAAAUCCCUUUACUCAUAUCUCUUAUAAACUCCCUCCUAAGUCCUCACUACAAAUCAGUUUUGGUGAUUUUCUGAGUUGGUAUGAUAUCAUAGAGAGAGCCUUCGUCUUUAGGAAUCCGUGCACUUCCGAUGCUAAUGAGGACUUGGUGGUUAUGAUAAUUUAUGGCACUUUGAAGCAGUUAGCAUUUUGUAGACCCGGCUACUGUUCUUGGAGAUGUGUCAAAGAUAAAACUCAUUCCGAGUUUAUAGAUGUUACGUGUGUGAAAGAUCAAAUCUUUGCUCUCUCCUUUAUGGGAUCUCUUGUCCUCAUUGACAUUGAUAACAUAACCGUUUCUGCUAUAAGUGGGCAAGACCCUCCGAGGAAUGUUGCCUUAUCACUUCUUAUUGGGGGCUCGGAGCGAAUAUCCUUGGUCGAAUCAUCUGGAGAUCUCUGGAUGGUUUACCAAAAUCGUGGGGGUAAUCCGUGGAGGUCUUACAUAGAGUCAACUGUGUUUCUGGUCUACAAUUUCGAUUUUGACAACAAGCAGUGGGUCAGGUUGAGCAGCUUGGGAAGUCGCACAAUUUUUGUUGGUGAUAAUACCUGUAUUGCUGUAUGUACAGCCCGCUAUUUGAACUGCGAAAGUAACAGCGUGUAUUUUGUAGCAUCGAAGAAGGAUAAAGGGUGGCCGAAGAGGGUGACUCGUGUCAAUGUGGGUGUGUAUAGCUUGAGGAGUGGUUACUCAGGACCCCUCUGCAUAGGCACUGAUACUCAGAAGCACUUUUCUUUCCCAAUUUGGGUGAUGCCUACCUUGCGCUAGAGCGAGCUUGAUUUCUUUCGUCGUGUUCAAUCAAAGGAUCAUAGAAGCUUUUGAAGGUUGCUGCUAUGGUAGAUUUUGUCUAAGCAUGAUGAGGCUGAAUUGUGAGAUAUGUGUGCUCAACUGCUCAUGUAUGGAUUUGAUUCUGCCCUGAUUCUCUGAAAUAAGUGUGAUAUUCAAGAUUCAAGAUGAAUGCAUUGUUUAAACGAGGAAUUUUGAAUAACAAUGUAUGGAAUUGAAACUGUAUUUCUUUUUAAAAGUGUUAGUCAUAAGCAACUGAAGCAUGCCGAAUCACCGGAGUUUAAAUUUA